ACCACUCAGCAAUAUUAUAGUCUGCUAGCUUCAGCUUGGCCUGCGUCAGCGGUAGUGUAGUAACCACGAACACUCGUCUCUUCUUUCAUUCACUUGCUUGCUUGGGUGCCCCUCUUUCGCUCCUAAAUAUUUUUGGGCUAAGGGGAUGGUCUUAUCUUUUCCGGUAUUUUCUUGGAAAUUGUUACUAUCCAAAUUUAGUGUGCUCAUCUAUGGUUCAUCAUCUAAGAACAGAAAGUUGUACAACGACCUACCCAUUCUCACCUUCGGCUAGCAAACCUAUAUGGACGUCGAGAAUGUUGCAGUAUAGACAAAUAAACAAUGUUUGACUGUGAUAAAUAACAUUGUGUAUUGUUUUCCUGCCUCAAACUAGAAAGAAAACACCCUGAUUUGUUUGGUAACUCAAUGUUACCAAGAUACAAUGAUUGGUCAAUAGAUAGACGGGAAGAUUGGAGUAUUAUACACAUCGCGAGUUGAACUCAACCCCAAGCAGACGAUUUGUUUGUUAUCGGGAUUUAUUGGUCGAUUACCGCGUCAACUUGAACUAUCGCCUUGCUGCUCUAGGGCAGCUAGCUCUUCAAACUCCAAUCGCUUACAUUUCACUCACGUGUUCUGCUAUUUCUUGUAAAUUCUGGACUGAGAGAAACUGUGAAAGAUUAUCUUCUAGAAAAAGCAAGAAGGGGCUGUGGUCUUCGGGGUUUCUACAUCUUUACAAUACAUCUUAUUUCGUGCAGAAUAUCCCGGGAUUAGAUUUAGUGCUGUCACACUCUCCAGAUGACUCAAUUAGAGAGCAUGUCUGCGACUCUUCAUAGCUCGACUGCUAUGUCGGGCCAGCAUUUGCCGCCAUCCCAAGGCCAGAACCAGUCUCCACAACAUCAUCACCACCACCAUCAUGUAGCUGCUCAUCACCAGCACAAUCAUCAGCAACCUCAUCAACAGCUUCACCACAAUCAACCGCAGCAACAACCACAGCAACAACAGCAGCAGCAGCCGCAGCAUCAGCAGACGACACAAUCCCACCAGCCAGCGGUACCUGCCGUUCAGCCUGCCGACUCGGUCGGCUUGGAGCAGUGUUCGAGCACCGAUAUCCCGGCCGACUCGCCCACCAGUCAAACAGAUAGCGGUGACAAGGCGCUUAACAAGAAGGGUGGGGCUGGUAUUCGUCGUCAUGAGAAGCCGCCGUAUUCCUACAUCGCUCUCAUCGUGAUGGCGAUUCAGAGCUCGCCGGCAAAACGGUUGACGCUUAGUGAGAUUUAUCAGUUUCUCAUGCAACGAUUCCCAUUUUUCCGCGGUCCAUACCAAGGAUGGAAAAACUCUGUUCGCCACAAUCUAUCACUCAAUGAGUGUUUCAUAAAGCUACCCAAAGGACUUGGACGACCAGGAAAAGGACAUUACUGGACCAUCGAUCCAGCCAGUGAGUUCAUGUUCGAAGAAGGUUCAUUUCGACGUCGACCACGAGGUUUCCGACGAAAAUGCCACGCUCUUCGACCUCCUUAUACGAUGAUGAAUGCGAUGCCUCAUCAUAUGUUAGGGAUGGGAGGUAUGGAUAUGUUUGGACAGAACUCUGGCCCCGUUGCUCCCAGUGGAUUACCAGGCAUGCAAGCUGGUAUGAAUCAUAUGGGUCACAUGAAUGGGAUGGAAGGGAACAUGAACAUGAGUAUGAUAGGCGGUCCGAUGUCGCCACACCUUGCGAACAGCGCACCGAACGCUUGUUCACCAAACGGUGGCUUCAUGACCAGCUGCUCGAUGUCGGGCGGGGAGUACAUCACGGCCAGCAGCGCGGGGACGCCUCCGACUCCGACGGGCCUAUACAUGAACACUGCCACCAUCAGCGGCGGUGGCGGCUUGGGAAUGGAUUCAACGCAGUGCUCUGUCAGCUAUGCCGGAGGUUGGGGGAACACGGCGGCGAAUAGUCGGUACAUCAAACAGCAACCACCCGAAUGCGAAGAUGGUUCUCCUCAUCCCGCUGCUCUCCAAUCUCAUGUAGAUGCUACCAAUUACAUCACAUCAACGGGAUCGCAUCAUCCAGUACCAGAUGGGAUAGAUAUGACUCAAGGUGAGAAGGAAAAUGAAUUUACAAUUUAG